AUGGGAGCAGAAAAAAUUAUUAAAUCAGAAAAAGAAUGGCAAGAACAACUCACACCAGAAGCAUAUAAGGUAACUCGGAAGCAAGGGACAGAACGUGCCUUUACAGGGCAAUACCACGAUUGCAAAGAGCAAGGCACCUACCACUGUAUCUGUUGUGGAAGUCCACUUUUUAGCUCCGAAACCAAGUACGAUUCCGGAACAGGGUGGCCCAGUUUUUGGGACGCUGUCUCUCCCGAAUCUAUUGAGACGAAAUCGGACCGUAGCAUGUUUUUCAUGCCGCGCACUGAAAUCGUUUGUAGUCAAUGUGACGCACACCUCGGGCACAUUUUCAACGACGGACCGUCGCCGACAGGCAAGCGUUACUGCAUGAAUUCUGCGGCACUGACACUGGUAAAACCGGAAAACGAAUCUUAA